UUCAACGGCGAUUAUUCCAGAGUUCAUACACCCAUACACGCCGUUAUAUAUACAUAUAUAUAUGUAUUGUUCCCUUUGAUUAACUUCAGAAUCAUUAUGACCACAACUUGCUUAGAUUAGAUAUAACCUUCUCACUCUCAAUUUCACCACUCUCUCUCUCUCUCUCUCUCUCUCUCUCUAUAUAUAUAUAUAUAUACAUACAUACAUAUCCGCCAUUGUUGAAUUGGAGUUGAAGCUCAGCUCAGGCAAACCUCUGCUGAUUGGUUCUAUCUACUACUUGUUAAUUUUGCGUGGUCUUCGUCUUAUUGGCAAUGUUGUUGAGAAGAUCUUCUUCGUCUUCCUCUUCGGUCAGUGGCUUCUACUCGAUCUUGGCUCCGACUUUGCUUCUUCUUCUCUGCUCGGAUUUGCUUGCUCUUUCCGCGACCGAGAGCGAGAGCGAGAACUUGCUUGUUGCAGAUGAAUCGGAUCUGUUGCUUCAGACUAAUCUCACUCAGUUGAAUGCGUCGAGCUCUAAACCUAAAGAAGGUAGUUUCGCUGAUAUGAUUGAUAAAGCUUUGGAGAAUGAGUUCAAGGAGAAUGACCAAAAUGAAGCUAAUGAUGCUGGGAGUUUUAACAACAGUGUUUCAGGGCAACAGGCAGUUCUGGAGACUGUUGCAAGAGUUAAGUCGAAAAAAAAUGAGACAAAAGAGGAAAAGUCGUUUCAGUUUCAAGAUGUCUUCAAUCUGGAUAAUGAAAAUAGAGCAGAAGAUACCCCAACCUUGAUAGAUCGGAAGGACAAUGUCUUCAUUAUAUCAAACUUUAAAUCAAAGUAUCCUAUGCUGCAGCUAGAUUUGAGGUUGAUAUCAGAUUUGGUAGUUGUUAUUGUGUCUGCAACCUGUGGUGGGAUUGCCUUUGCUUGUGCUGGACAACCGGUUAUUACUGGGUAUUUGCUAGCGGGAUCUUUGAUUGGUCCUGGAGGAUUUAACUUCAUCAGUGAAAUGGUGCAAGUUGAAACAGUGGCUCAGUUUGGUGUAAUUUUUCUCCUUUUUGCAUUGGGCUUAGACUUCUCGACAACAAAGCUGAAAGUUGUUCGAGCCGUUGCUAUUCUAGGAGGUCUACUCCAAAUUUUCCUAUUCAUGUGCCUCUGCGGGAUUACAGUAUCGUUGUGUGGUGGUAAAACUUCGGAGGGGGUAUUCGUUGGUGCAUUUCUGUCAAUGUCUUCGACGGCAGUGGUAUUGAAGUUUUUGAUGGAGAAAAACACUACAAAUUCCCUUCAUGGCCAAGUCACCAUAGGCACCCUAAUCCUCCAGGACUGUGCUGUGGGAUUGCUUUUUGCUUUGCUUCCAGUUCUUGGCGGGACUUCUGGUGUUCUUGAAGGAUUUCUGUCAAUGGCCAAAUUGUUGGUGAUCUUGAUUGCAUUCUUAGCUGCUCUGUCUAUAAUAUCUCGCACUGCUCUCCCUUGGUUACUAAAAUUGAUGAUUAGUUUAUCAUCACAGACCAACGAACUCUAUCAAUUGACAUCAGUGGCAUUCUGCUUGCUCGUAGCCUGGUGUAGCGAUAAGUUGGGAUUAAGUCUAGAACUUGGUUCCUUUGCUGCUGGUGUGAUGAUAUCUACAACUGAUCUUGCUCCACAUACUCUUGAACAAAUCGAACCCAUUCGCAACCUAUUUGCUGCUCUUUUUCUUGCCAGCAUUGGGAUGCUGAUCCAUGUUCAGUUCCUAUGGAAUCACGUAGACAUAUUGCUUGCAUCCGUUAUAUUGGUCAUCAUCGUAAAAACAGCUAUCAUUGCAUCGGUUGUCAAAGGAUUUCGUUACAACAACAAAACUUCAAUUCUUGUGGCAUUGUCUUUGGCACAAAUAGGGGAAUUCGCUUUUGUUCUCCUUAGUCGGGCCUCAAACCUUCAUCUAGUCGAGGGAAAACUGUAUCUAUUGCUUCUUGGGACAACAGCACUAAGCCUGGUAACCACUCCAAUGCUCUUUAAGCUCAUCCCUGCUGUGGUGCAUCUUGGCGUGCUCUUACGGUGGUUCCCCCCAGACAUUUCUCUCGAGAUGGGAGUAAAAGGAGAGAAUCUCCGCAGCGACAGCGGCAAGCAGCGUGUUGUUGUGAUGGUUCAAAGUUCUCACGAUUCCUGAAAGUCGCGGUUUUGGAAUGUUCCAAGUAGGAAAUACUUUCUCUUAUCAGUUGUUUUUUUAUUCUUCUGAGCAAAGUCCGAUCAACAACAUUCAGACACGAGUCUCGGCUACCGACGAAUGGGACCGGACCGAGGUUUAUCUAACCACUGAACUAACCUAACAAGCCUUACCCUUAAUAUUAAUUUUUUGCUCCCACUUUGUGAUAUCAUUCUUUCUCUGUAUAAUAUGGUUUUCAUGUUGUAAUUUUUAGUUUGACAGUAUACGAUUUCUCCAAGUGGUAAGUUUUGAAUGUAUCAAGUCUUAUAUGUUUCCAUGUUAAUGAUUUAUUAAGGUUUUGUUUA